CACUCGAAUUCAUUCAUGAAACAAACGAGCUGGAGUCCAGAAGUGUAGUCGUAAUAAAUUGAAAUUCAGUCUGUGCCCCGAACUUGGUUGACUUCAACGUUGUGAACUUCGAUUCGUUUAGUAAAUUGUCUGGUCGCUCUCUAGUGAUAGCAAAUUAGUACCAUUGAGUUGUAAUCGCGUUGAACCGCAAUUGGUACACAAUUGCUUCGAGUCAGUUGUAUUGUAUAAACAAUAUCAAAUUAAAUUGCAACGUCUUGAAGUCGAAUUAAGUGUCUUUUACGAACCAGGCGAACAAUUGUGUUACAUUCGACCCCGUUGAGGUCUUAUCACUCAGAUGUAUUUGAUUUAAUAUCAGAAUUAAAUUGUUCCUUCGAUCGGUGUUUGCAAAAAAACGGGAAAAUGUCCAUUCAAACAAACUUCUUGGUUUGUUUAGUUUAUUUAUGCUUAUCAGCGCUUAUUGUGUAUUCAAAGCCAACGAGCCAAAGGGUGGAAACGGAGCCCAAGUGUGGAUAUGAGUCCUGCCCGAAAACUGUGCCUGGUAAGCUCAACAUUCACAUAGUGCCACAUUCCCAUGAUGAUGUUGGCUGGCUCAAGACCGUCGAUCAGUAUUACUAUGGUAGUCAGACAAAAACUCAAAGGGCUGGUGUUCAAUAUAUCCUGGAUUCAGUAGUACAAGAAUUAUUGCGGAAUCCAGACCGAAGGUUUGUUUACGUUGAAUCGGCUUUCUUCUUUAAAUGGUGGGAGGAGCAAACCGAGGAUGUUAAGGAGCAAGUUAAAGAGUUAGUCAACGAAGGACGCUUAGAAUUUUUAGGAGGUGCAUGGAGUAUGAACGAUGAGGCUACUACACAUUAUCAGAGUAUAAUUGAUCAGUUUACAUUGGGACUGAGGUUCCUCAAUGAUACUUUCGGCGAAUGCGCCCGCCCACGAGUUGGAUGGCAGAUUGAUCCUUUUGGACAUUCACGGGAGAUGGCUUCACUGUUUGCCCAAAUGGGAUUCGAUGGAAUGUUCUUUGCACGGUUGGAUUACGAAGAGAAAUCAGAACGACUUACAAAUAAAACGGCCGAAAUGAUUUGGGAAGGAAGUGAUAGCUUAGGCUCUUCAAGUGACCUUUUCACUGGAGUUCUGUACAAUCAUUACUCUUCACCUCCAGGAUUCUGCUUCGAUGUUUUAUGCUCUGAUGAACCAAUUAUUGACGGAAAACAUAGUCCUGAUAACAAUGUGGAUCGGAGGCUCGAAAGUUUACUGCAAUAUCUUCAAAAAAUGGCACAAUAUUAUCAGACGAACCAUUUGAUGGUACCUUUUGGAGAUGAUUUCCAUUAUCAGGAUGCUCAUUUGGUGUACAAAAACUUGGACAAACUGAUAAAAUACGCAAACGAACGCCAACCCACAGAAUCUGACGUUCAUCUCUUCUAUUCAUCCCCAUCGUGCUACCUUAAAUCCUUGAGUGAAGUCGAGACAACCUGGCCAAGGAAAACACAUGACUUUUUCCCUUACGAUUCGGAUCCCACAGCAUUCUGGACAGGCUACUUCACAUCACGACCAGACCUAAAAUAUUUCGAAAGAAAGGGAAAUCACUUCCUACAAGUAUGUAAGCAACUCACAGCCACUGCAUUGCGGGAUGAAAAUCCUAGUACCACAUCCCCCUUGAUGUCAAGGCUACAAUUAUUGCAAGAUGCAAUGGGUAUUAUGCAGCACCACGAUGCCAUCACAGGCACUGAGAAAGCCGCUGUGGCUUCGGACUAUGCAAGACUGUUGAACGAGGGAAUGGUAGCCUGCGAGGAGAAUGCAGAAAACGUUUUGAAUAAGCAAGUUCAGAAAAAGGGUGGACAACUGGCGAAGUUUGAUUUUGAGUCCUGCUUGCAUUUGAAUAUUAGCAGCUGCGAGGUUUCGGAGAAAUCCAGUAAAUUCAUGGUCACCGUAUAUAACGUUCUCAGUCAGGAAACUGAUCAGUAUGUCAGAGUUCCUAUUCAGGACGUUAACUAUAUUGUAAGGGAUCCGGAAGGUAAUUUGAUCCAGAGCCAAAUAGUUCCAAUACCAGUAUCUGUCCGAGAAAUACACAACCGAUUCAGUGUUGCACUUAAAGAGUUGGUUUUCCUGGCGAAAGCAGUUCCAGCGAAUGGAUACCGGUCUUACUUUAUUGAAGUAGAUCCAAAUGAUGUUAGUAGUACCAUUCCUGAAGUAGUUCUGAUACGUAAACCUCGUGAACCAUCAAAGCAAACUGUUAUUCGAAGUGGUGAAUUGGAUUUAACCUUCGAUGGCAAAGGAAAGUUGGCGUCCAUUACUCUAAACGGAGUUACCAAAAACGUUAAACAUGAUUUCUUCUAUUAUCCUGGAGCCGCUGGAAAUAAUCAAGGCUAUGACAACCGUUCGUCCGGAGCAUACAUCUUCCGUCCGAAUGGUACUGCAAAAGCAGUUGCAGAAGAUGUUGAUUUACAGCUUGUUCAAGGACCUCUGGUCGAUGAAGUGCACCAAAAAUUCAACGACUGGAUAAGUCAGGUCAUACGUGUGUACAAAGGAACUAACUAUGUGGAAUUCGAAUGGUUGGUUGGACCCAUCCCGGUAGAUGAUAACAUUGGAAAGGAAGUGGUGAGCAGGUUCUCCAGUGAGCUUAAAACAAAUGGCGUCUUCUACACUGACUCCAACGGACGACAGACUUUGAAGAGAGUUCGAAAUCAACGACCCGAUUAUACCUUCCAUUUAAGGGAGGAAGUAUCUGGAAACUACUAUCCUAUUACAACGAAAAUUGCUUUGGAAGAUAAGGAGACACGUUUGGCUGUUUUAAUUGAUCGUGCUCAGGGUGGAAGCAGUCUUGAGGAUGGAGCAAUUGAAUUGAUGGUUAACAGGAGGCUUCUUCAUGAUGAUGGUUUUGGAGUCGGUGAAGCAUUGAAUGUUGAACAAUUUGGAAGGGGAGCUGUAGCCAGAGGUAAACAUUUCUUGAUCUUCGGUCCAAGUAACUCGGAUAUAAGAAUGCAGGAGAGACAAUUGCAGUUGCAGACGACGUUGCCCUUAUGGGUAUUUUUCAGUGGGUUGGAGGAUUCGGUGACAUUUGAAGAUUGGAAGGAUGCCUUUGUGCAAGAGAAAUCACUUUGGCCAAUUCAACUACCCCAAAACAUCCACAUGAUGACACUGGAGCCAUUGGGAGCUAAUAAAUUGCUUCUACGAUUCGAACAUAUUUUGGAGAAAACCGAUGACCCGAUUACCCAAGCUGCUUCCAGCUCUUCUGCUGCUCCUAGUCAGUCUGUUAUUGGGCAUAAUCCCAGUCCGGUACCAGGACCUGUUCAUUCGUCGACCUCAAAUAUGGCUUCGGGAACUACAUCCACCAUUAAUACUCUUGGCGUUGGGCCAAUAACAUUCGACAUAAGCGAUUUCUUGAAAAGUAACGGGGACUACACUUAUUCGAUCCGGAGAACCACUCUCGGUGGUAAUUUAUGGUAUGACGAUAUGAAACGAUUGCAUUUCAAUAAGGAUACUAAUGGCGAUGAGCUGCUGAGUGGCACAGGAAAUGGCAAUGAUGAUGGUGAUUUGGUUAGGAAAAAUUCUCGAAGUGGGGAUGCAACAAAUGCGUUUUAUGAGGAUAGUGAGGCAGUUAAUACGAAAAUUACGUUGGAGCCGAUGGAAAUUGUUACUCUUAUUGUGGAAAGGAGUGACGCAAGUUAAGUGUGGGAAAAUGAAUUUUAUAGUUUUAUAUCCCAAUUUUAAGUUUAAAUAAAUUUUCUUCUAAAUGCCAAUAA